UGCUUUUAUUUCAACCAACCAACGAAGAUAGGAUAAAUAAAGAAAAAUUCCACAAAGGCUUGAAACCAUGCGAAAUCACCAUUCCAUGCGUCUCCAACUGUUGUUCCGUACACUAUUUACGGUUGGUUUAGUCACUCUUCUUAUGAUCGAUGCGUUUGUAUUACAAAACAAGAAGGAAGCCGACAAAACAAAAGAGAUUACUACAGCUGUGAACAUGAAGAACUCCGAUACCAAGGAUAUACAACAAGAGCUUGAUCAAGAUGGUUCAGGAAACGGCGAUCUUAGCUACGUAGCGGGCAAAAGAAAAGUACCUCGUGGACCUGAUCCUAUACACAACAGGAGAGCAGGGAAUUCAAGACGACCACCGGGGAGAGCAUAAGUACGGUGAAAGCUUAGGGAAGAAGCAGAUAGAGAGAGAGAGAAGUAUAAUUGUUGGCAAAUUAAUAUAGGUCUUGUAAUGCU